AGGAUGAGUUAGGAAGAGACAACCGAUGAGAUUUAUAAUGAACCAGAUAAUUAACUUGUUAUUUAUAUCGUACUUUUUACAACGAGGCACAGAAGCCAGAUCUGCUCCCCCUCCAUCAGGACUCGAAGUCCAACACCCUAUAUACCAUUCCUCAGACGAGUCCUCCUCUCCACGAAGCAGACCCAAAUCUAAUGGACGAAGGUGGCGUAAGAAUAAAAGAGUAAGAGAAGAGGAAGAUAACGAAAUAGAUUUAGCGCAUGCAGAUUUUGAAGACAGCGAACUAGUAUCAGAUUUAAAUGAAAAUAUUAUAUUUGACAAACAUAAAGACGUCGAAUUAAUACAAGGAGAUAUCUUAAUAACGAGGUCGUCCCACGAAAGGGUGAAAAGAGGGGCUGUCCGUCCCAUCACCAUGUUAUGGCCUAAUGGCAUUAUCUAUUACAAGUUUUCUCUCGGUUUAGGACAACUAAAAGUUCAAUUAGUUUUAAGUGCGAUGCAACAUAUCAUGGAUUAUACUUGCGUUAAGUUUUCUGAAAGGUUAAACGAAACAGACUAUUUGAAUAUAACCUCUGAAAAAGGGUGUUACUCCUGGGUGGGUAAGAGAGGCGGUCCGCAGGAGGUAUCAGUAGGAAGCGGCUGUGUAACCAUGGGAAUCAUCGCCCACGAGCUCUCCCAUGCAAUCGGUUUCUAUCACGAACAAAGCAGGCCGGAUCGAGACACCUUUGUUGAACUGAUAAAGGACAACAUCAGACAAACACAACUAGAGAAUUUUGAGAAGCGUCAUGAAACAGAGGUAGACUCACUGAAUGUACCCUACGAUUACGGAAGUAUAAUGCACUACGGGUUAAAGGACUUUUCUGAGAACAAGUUACCCACGCUGAAGACGUUACAGCAAGUGCCUUCUGGCGUGCAAAUUGGACAACGAGUACGACUGAGCAUUCAUGAUAUUGAACAAGCUAAUCGACUGUACAAAUGCCCGAAAAAAGCAGAGCCGUCAGAUCGGGAAGUGUCAAGAUCCAACAGAAAAGUGGGAGUUUCCUUGGGGGAUUCUUUGAUGAUAGUCGGUGGUAACCAGGACACUACGGAACCUCUUUGCUUGGACGGCAUGACUUAUAAAGGUAACUUUGUACUGGUCACAAUGUGCUCCUUAUCUAAAAGCAGUUUAAAGUGGAGCUGGACAGACAACUACCAACUCAGAAAUGACGGGAACACCCUGUGUUUGUCGGUGGACCAGGAGAACCACAUGGUCGGAGGAUCUGAGGAUGUGCCCAUGAAGAUGACCACCUGUGACGACAACGACGAUAGACAAAAAUGGAUCUGCACUGGAGGUUUCCUAAAGAAUCUGGCACUCAACAAGUGCAUCAACGCAGGAUGGCGGCAAUACAGACGAAACUACAUGACAGCAGUGUCAUCCUGUGACAAUUCUGAUAUCAACCAGGUCAUGAGUGUUUACGGAAAGGGAAAAAGAUAUGAACCAGUGUGCCGAAGAUGGAACGUAGGGCCACAACUUGAAUGUCAUCAGAAAUUCCCAACCGAGAGAACCUACUUAGGCUGUGAAAGGGACUACGAAGCUAUGAUAGGUUUCGAAAAGGUCGGAAAACGAAACAACCUGAAAGCUAUCAGGUCGGUGGAGUGCUGCCAGCUGACCAACUCAACAGGAAACGUUUACAGGACUUCCAUCAGGACAAUCUACAAGACUGGAUCGACGGAGUGCCACGAUGGUUACUUCGUUCAAGGACUGGGGCUUGCUCGCGCCCGGACAGGUAUCAGACUACAUAAGAUGAGAGAAAGGUCGCUUAAAGCUUUGGCUUACCUCCACUGCAUGAAACCUUCCGAUGAUAUCAGCUACGAGAACUGCUACUGGGAUGAACUAAGGGCCCCUUCCAACAACAAAGGGAUGAACGUGUGCUCACGGGGUGGAUUUUACAUGACUGGACUCUACAAGAAGGGCUGCACUCGACUCAGCUGCAUCAGCCAAAUCAAGUGCUGUUCCGUCAACCUGCACACCAACUACACGUGAGAGAGAUGAAGGUGGGGAGGUAACCAACCUUGGUGACACUACUUUCAUCACCAUGGUGAUACCACCUCCAUCACCACGGUGAUGCUACUCAAAUGCCAUGGUGAUGCUAAUUCUAGUGCUGUCAAACAAGAGAGGGAGCUACUCACCUUCAUCCAAAAAACUCACAAAUUAUCUCGGAUAUGAUAGAAAAAGGAUAAGACCAGGAAAAGUACGAAGAAAACACGAAGAAAACAACGUGCACUGCAGUGGUGCUAGGAAGGAAAAGUCACGUGUUUGUCACGUGUUUGUCACGUGUUUGUGUCGUGCUUGUGUGCUGUAUGGUUGACGAUACUGGACUUUUGGUCAAGGCGCGCACCCAGGAACUCCUGAAAUUGAGUUUUAUAUUUUAGUGAUGAAUAAUAUUUGAUUUUUGAUAAAUUAUGGAGUUGGUGUUGACUGUGCGUUAUAAUUAACUUUUUUGUCUUGCUAGAAUAUGUAUGCACAGUAUGAUAUUAUAUUCUGAACCAUGGAAAACUAUUUCAGCAUAUUUUAGAAUUUCGAAUUUAUUUUGAGAUUUGUGGAUCAUUAGUAAAAAGGUUUUUAAAUCUUUUAAUAAUAGAACUAUAAUCGUUUAACGUGUUUUUGGCUUCGCUUAAGCAAUGCUGGCGAAUGACUGAUCUAAAAAGUGAGCAUUAGUCUGCGACGAAAUGUUUAAUCACUUUGCUAAAGCCUAAAAAGUGACAUAUUUUCCGUUUAAUGGCAUUUCAUGGAAUGAAGUGAACUAGGAGAAAAAUCUGGACAUUUUUACGAAAUAGUAAAAUCUGGACAUUUUUAUGAAAUAGUAAGUAACAAUCUCAUAAUCGCGUUUAUUGUCAAUUUUUACUUAGUUUUAACCCCCUAGACGGGCGUACGAUAUAUGGAUUUAUAUCGAGAAAUAUUAAUUUUGAUUUCGCGUUUAAUUUAUUUUAUUAUAUUUUGUAAAAAGUCUGUAAAAUUUACAAUGUAUUGUCAACCACCGUUUCGAUGAAAGAAUUUAACUGUCUUAAGCUGGAAA